AUGGCAAUUUAUACAACUCAGCCUCCAAGAUUAGAAAACUACUCCCUUCAGUUCAACAGCCAGUAUUCCAAGUCAUCAAGAGGAGGUAUGUCCUCCAACUACAUGCUUAACGAUCACGUUCUCUCAUAAGGAGACUUUGAUGGGGAUGGGUUAGAGGGUACUUAGACCUUUCAUUAGUUGAAUUAGUUCAACAACUAAGAACUUAUUGAAUUGAAUGGCGAAGAUAGAGAAAAAGAAGAUGAGUAAAUUCCACUUUCAGUUAAGCGAGGCCGCCAGAACACUCUCACUGAGACUGAGGUUCGUGAGAUAGUAUAGUAGUUCAACACCUGUCUGAAUAAAUUGUCUCUCGAGAAGCAGGACUUAGAGAACAAGACUAAAAGCCUUGUUGAGAGAAUUGACGACCAGCAGGACAUAGUUAUCAGACUCUUCAAAUAAAAGGAAAAUGUGAUGAUGGACAAUGAUAACUUCAUAACACAAGUUGAUUAGUAUUAGAGAUAAUUAAAACAACUAGAAGAAGAGAGAGUGUAGACUCUUAAUCUUUAACCCUAAAGUACAGUCAACAUAGACUAAGACCUUGUGACAAAGUUUGACAAGACUCUUCAGAUUGAAAAUCAGAUUAUUAACAAAUUAAAAUCUAACGACACUAUACCGGAAAAGUUUAUUGAGACUAUUUCUCAACAGAUAUUCAAGAGACUAACUGACCUUUAGCAAAAGAAGUAGACUCUACUUUCGUCAAAUGAUUCAAUGCGAGAGUAAUUGUACAUAGACUUUGAGAAGAGCAAACUGUCUCAGAUCAAGUGCUAGAAAUGCAGGUUGAUGUUUAUACCUCUGAACAAUAAUGAGGAUUCGUGCAGCUUCCAUCCAGGCAAGAUGAAGUUUUAUAGCUGCAGAGGCUGUGGUGCUAACUAAUAUUUCAGUUGCUGUAAUAAAUGCACGCUUUGCUGUGUAGGCUGCAAGAAGUCAAAGCACAUUGCUUGA